AUGUUUGUAUUAGUAUUUUACUGUCUCAGCAAUGUGCUUAAUCUUUCAAACGGGAUCGCGUAUGACUCAUUUACUGGUACCGCCUUAAGCAAGGAUGAAGUUGCGAAACAUAUUAAGGAUAACACGACAUACUGGUGCAUGAAUGAGAUUGCACCCUGUGACACUAAAGAAUGGAGACGACUUGAUGGGUCGUGCAAUAACCUGCGCAAUCCUGUCAGAGGAGCAACUCACACGCCCCUCCGUCGGAUUUUACCGCCUUAUUACGAUGAAGAUUAUGAGCCAAUGAAAUCGAAAGCUGGUAAAUUACCGCCAGUUAGAAAACUGCGGACGACUUUACUGUCUGAAGGUCAAAACCCUGACCAGGUUUUUUCUAUACUGGCACCAAAUUUCCUUAUCUUCAUCGCGACUGACAUCUCUAAUACACAUGAUACAGUAUUUUUCUGUCUCAGCAAUGUGCUUAAUCUUUCAAACGGGAUCGCGUAUGACUCAUUUACUGGUACCGCCUUAAGCAAGGAUGAAGUUGCGAAACAUAUUAAGGAUAACACGACAUACUGGUGCAUGAAUGAGAUUGCACCCUGUGACACUAAAGAAUGGAGACGACUUGAUGGGUCGUGCAAUAACCUGCGCAAUCCUGUCAGAGGAGCAACUCACACGCCCCUCCGUCGGAUUUUACCGCCUUAUUACGAUGAAGAUUAUGAGCCAAUGAAAUCGAAAGCUGGUAAAUUACCGCCAGUUAGAAAACUGCGGACGACUUUACUGUCUGAAGGUCAAAACCCUGACCAGGUUUUUUCUAUACUGGCACCAAAUUUCCUUAUCUUCAUCGCGACUGACAUCUCUAAUACACAUGAUACAGUUAAUUACGUAGCGUGGAACCCACAUUGUUGUACUCCUAAAGGCAAAGAUGAUCCUAAGUGCGCUCCUGUAGAAGUGCCACCUGAUGACCCCGUCCAUCGCUACUCUGGCAUCCGUUGCUUGAACCUGACUAAACCACUAACGUACCAAGAUUUUGGAUGUCGCCAGAAAAAUACACCUCCUGAGCGGAUACAAUCUGCCACGCCGUUGUUUGAUAUGUCGACUGUAUAUGGAAAUUCUUUGGACAAAGCUAUAGAGGCUAGAAAAUUCGAAGGUGGCUUAUUGAAGUAUGAAGAAGAAGAGGGCAGGGUGUGGCCACCAGGGGAUGCUACUAACGCUAGCUGUAUUGCGAACCGUAGACCAAAAGAAUCGAGAUGUCAUAAAACACCGUCUAUCGAAACUAACUCACUGGUUACGAUCAAUAUGAUGUCUAUUUGGUUUUGGAGACAUCACAACCAAACAGCCAACAGACUCGCCAAGCUGAACCCAUGUUGGGACGAUGAGAAACUAUUCUACACUGCUAGAGAUAUUAACAUAGCCAUUGAGAUGCAAAUCUUCUUAUAUGAAUUCUUUACCUUGAUGGGAGGGUAUGAAAAUCUUAUUGCUGAUGGUGUGAUAAUUUACAAUGGCUUCAGAGAUACAUAUAAUGAAGCGUUUAUACCACAAAUGUCAAUGGAGUUCCCAUUAGCUCUGCGGUGGGCUCAUACUAUGCAAGAAGGCAAUUUGAAGAUGUACAAUCCCCACGGUGAAUACAUCAAAAAGGUGCCCAUAGUUGACCUUACUUUAAGAACAGGUUUCUUGGCAGUGGAUAAUAAUAUUGAUUACUUAACCCAAGGGACGUUUAGACAAGCUAGUGCUAAGGCUGGAGACAAUAUUGUGGAUCCUGAUACUUUGGAGAAGCUAUCGGAUAUCUACGACUCUGUAGAAGACAUAGAUCUUCUAGCCGCGAUGUGGGUAGAGAAGCCAAUACCUGGCGGUCACGUGCCUCGAAUGUUUUACUCCAUACUCGCCGAACAGUUGCUGCGAACUAUGAAAUCUGAUAGACAUUGGUAUGAGAGACCUAACAGACCACAUGCUUUUACUUUUGAACAACUGCAAGAAAUAAGGAAGGUGACGGUAGCGAGGUUCAUGUGUAACGUCGGUGAUACUGUGACUGAAAUACAACCCAAAGCUUUCCAGAGAAUUGGACCUGGGAAUGAACUCGUGAGCUGUGACCUUAUCCCUGACAUGGAUAUAUCAGCGUGGAAGGACAAAAGUUGCAGUAAGAGCUGGAAUUUCAUCCGACACAGUUAUUAA